CUUUGGAAAAGUAGAGGAAGGUCGGAGCACAGAGCUGUCAUUUCUUGUACCGUUUCGUCAUUCCGAUUCAAGAACGGAUCGUGUGAAUACGCGUUUUGUUUUAUAUCGUUGUACCAGACGAUUUUUAUACAUAGAUCUAUAGUUUUCCUCUUCAGUUGCUUUCAAAGAAAAUACAUUAAACUUUUUAGAACAGUACACAGAAACUUUUGAAGCAGGACAAAGUUGAAGAAAUAUGUGAACGGUCGUUUUUGUUUUUCUUUUCGUGCAAGUUGUGUUUUCUGGUAAAAGCAAGUGACCGAAAGUUAUUCCCAAACCGGAAACGGAGAAAAAAUCAGUGGUUUCUUACUUCAAACGCAGUUACAAAAGAGUCUACCUCAAGUGUUAAAACAAAAGUUUUUUUUCUAAGAAAAAUCAUUGCCGUGAAAGUGCUGUAGCCGAUAGAUCAAACAGAGCCGGAAAAUUGAAUUUUCCUUUGAAGCAAACCCACGAGUCAGUCGAUACAGCGGAUAGCGCCAAGCCCAAACGAGACAGUGCGGUGUAGACAUCGGGUAGACACCGCCCCAUACCCACCCGGGUACCACGUAAGGACACAGUGAAAAGUGAAAUUUUCCUCCCGUGGAAAGUGGCUCCAGAGCACAGACAGAGAGAGAGACAGAGACGUUCGGUUUCUGGCGGACAAGCAUGAGUGUGUCCCGAAAGGAAAAGUGAAAACGAGGGGGGCACCAGACACAUAUACAAACAGGAGUGCGCGCGCGACGUUUUCCCGUUCCCAAUUUUCCCGACCACGACUCUCGAGACGGGUCACUCGGGUGGCUCUCGAAAAUUUGCUAGGAGCCGAACGAACGCCCAAUUUCGGGCGGAUAGUCGGCUAUCCUUGGCCUGCUGAGCAGCAGCGUGCCAAGUUGAAAGUGAAAACUCGGAGCUGCUUUUGUUGAUUCCGCAACCACCACCAGCAGCAGCAGCAGUAUCAGCAGUGCAAGUGGUUUUCGUCUCGUGGAAAACAGUGUGAAAACGCAGAAAAGGGAUUUUCGUCCUUUUUUGCGGGCGGCCUAUUUCGGGUUGGCCUGUUCCGCAUGUGUGCGUGUUUGUUUUGGGUUGGUCGAUUUUUUCGAUAAAUGUUACAUUUUCCGGCCGGCAGCAGCGAGAAAUGUGCUUGUGUGACUCAGGGAUUGUUGAAACAGUAAGCAAAUACACAGCCAGGAAGUUCGAAUCACGUAAAAUGACACAACCGAAAAGUGCUGCCGCAGCUCCUCCGGCUCGUCAAUAAUAAAAAAAAUAAUAAUAAUGAUUAUGUUAUUGGAAAUCAGGAAAGCUAAGGUGUGAACGGUAAACACGCACCACCGCACAAAUUACCGCAAGUGGUGUGCUGAAAAUGCACUGCCUAAUUGGAAAUUUAUCGACUUGACACAAAAAAGAAGUAAAUCGCAGAGGCAUAAUUAAAAUUAUAGGAAAAUGAACAGCUUUAAUCAACCUAGAAAAAUAACCUAAAUAGAGUGUUUUGUAGUUAAGCCAAGAAGAAUGUUUGUAGCCAAUUAUUGAAAAGCCUCUAGUGAAAAUUUAUUCUUUGUUGGAAAUCGUUGAAAAAAAACAAGUUGUUGGAAACAAUAGUGCAAAGUGUCAGUUCAAAGAGAAGAAAACUAUUUACAAACUACUCAGUGAAUACAGAAGAACAUCCGGAAGAAACUAUAACAGUGUGAAUCCCGGAUCGAAUCAAGAAAAUAGAGCUGCAAUGAUGAUGUUGCAGCAUAUGUCACCCCACUUUGUGGGGCAGACGGAACCUCCGGGGCCAUCCCCGCCGGGGACCCCAACAUCGCCGAUGCAGAGUCCUUCGCCGUCCCCAGUGCACCACGCAGUUCCAGUCGCCGAUCAGCCGUCUCGAAUCAUUAUCCGUCGAUCGUCGCUCCACAUGGUUCCCUCGGAAGAGGAACCUCACUACAGAUACAAACGGGAACCCAAUUCACGCCCCAACACGCCACCAGCCUCGUUUAACCACUAUGUCCCGACUUCGAUCGGUACCGAGCCGUAUACCGAACAUUAUCGGCCCCGUUCGCGGACACCUCCGGUCACUCCGACCCAUCACCAGCAUCGAAUCGCCUCGGUGAUUCAAGAACGCACAGAAAACGUCAUCCGUUACAUCAAAGAAGAACGCCCGGUGCGUCGUGGCUCGAUUGAGGAAGAUCAACAGGUGGCCGUGGCUCAGUACUAUCGCAAUCACCACCAGCAGGCGCUUCGUUAUCACCACCAACAACAACAACUACAAGAACAACAACAACAACACACCCAGGAGGAGGACGACUACGCCGAAAGGCGACCCGCCGACGAUCGCCCUUAUCACCAUGAGGACGAACCGGAGGUCCGCUACCACCACCAGCAGCAUCGUCGACGGUUGUCGGAACGGCGUGGUGAUGAACCCGACUCGGAUUACAGCGACAGUCAGGCUGGUGGCGCCGUCAGUGGUGACACCGAUCACUAUCCCAAGUCCGAGGAGGACGAAGGCGAGGACGACGACGACGAGGACGGUAACGGUGACCGUCCGCUCGAUCUGUCGAUGAAGAUCAAACGACGGGCCCGGAGAGAUUCCGGUGGUAGCGAUUCGGACGAUUCGGCGGGACCGGACUCGGAUGGGCAUCCGCGCGGGCAGGGCCGGGCGGCCUACAAGAAAAGUCUGAUGAAGCGAUACCUGGACACCGAGCUACCGCUACCACCGCAGACGCCAAGUCCGCCGCCCCAGCAGCGAUUAUCGUCGCAAACCCACCUCCACCAUCAUCAUCAUCAUCAUCACAGUAGCAGCAGCAGCAGCGGCAGCAGUAGCCAUCACCAGCAAUCGCCCGGCAGCCUGCUCGCCAGUAGUCUCAGCCAAUCGUCCCAACAGCACAGGCCCCUCCUGCAUGGACUGCUCAGCGGCACGCACAUACCUCAGGUGCCGUACCACAGCCGGGGCUACAGCACAUCCAGCACAGUUUGCUCCACGAUGCUCCCGCACGCGACCUCCGGCACUGGUGCCGAUGUGGACGAUGACGGUUUCCUGGAGAACAUCUUCCAUCUGCAGUCGAUGGAGAAGUUCAAAAACUCACACCGCCUUCUCAAGCUGACAAGCUCACUACCUCCAAGUCCAGCGGACAGCGGUGUCUCCGAUGUGGACAGCUCAAGCAGUGGCGGCCAGCCUGCCUGCAGCGAUGAACUCAAGGCCCGCCUCGGAGCGUCAAUCCAGACCAACAACAACAACAACAACGGCAGCAGCAGUAGCAGUAGUCAUCCGGGCAGUUCCAGCACCAACGGCAGCAACGUAUUACUACCGGGCGCCGGUGGAGGAGGCGGCGGCGGCGGUGGUGGUGUUGGUGGUGGAGGACUUCCCUCGAUUAAUGCGUCAUCCUCAUCACCUACGUCCGGCUCGUCGCUUCCCUCUUCGGUGGCUCUCUCGGCGGCAGCAGCGGCAGCGGCCGCCACCCAGCAACAUCUGCAGCAGCAAGCACAAGCCCACUUACCGCCGGGAACGUUCCUCCGGCCGAACUUCUACCAUCACAGCUCACCGCCGCUUAGGAAUAUCUGGAACCAGCGGAGUGUACCCCGUAAGUAGUACAUUUUGUAUGUA